GGCCAGCAUGUUCGAACUCCGUAUUUUGUUUUCAAACUGAUGUAUCGUAAUUCAAUUUUUUGUAAGUUAUUUCAAGAUGAAUCAGGAGUAGAUAUUAAUAUCAGUUGUUGACUGAAGUAGCAAUGCAAGUCUCUCAUAAAAGGGUCCAAUCCACCAAUGACAGCUCUAUACUAAGCAAGUAUUCAAUGGUCAAGACUGGCUACUUUAAAGAUGAAUUCUUGAAGUACUUUGUWACUAAAGAUGCACGCCGRUCUCCACUCAUACACAGGGGUUAUCACAUCAGAAUGAGAUGCAUUGACACUAUGCUUCGUGCAUUUUUGACUGAAGAAACUUUCCCAAGAAAACAGGUGUUAUCACUUGGUGCAGGAUUUGAUACCUCAUUCUUUAGGUUUCAAGCAGAGGGAUUGCUUGACAACAGUUGCAAAUUCUUUGAGGUGGAUUACCCUGAAGUUGUUAAAAUUAAGAAACAAUUUAUUGAUCAAGAACCAACUCUGUACAAGGCCAUCAGAAACAGUUGUAACAAAGAUGACUUGAAAGCCGAAGGUCUCAAUUCAGACAACUAUGCUCUUGUGGGAUGUAGUUUAGAAGACCUUCAAAAACUUGAACAAAUUUUACUAAAAUAUGACCUGGAUGUKACUUGCCCAACCCUUAUAUUAUCAGAGGUUGUUAUGUGUUACUUAAACCCUUCAAGUUCUACGUCCGUCAUCAAGUGGUGUGCCUCUCUGUUUCACUCAGCUGUCUUUGUUACCUAUGAACAAGUUUUCCCCAAUGAUCCCUUUGGUAUGAUAAUGUUGAAUCAUUUCAAGCAAGUUGGGUCUCCACUGCGUACUAUUAAUAGUUUCCCAAGUCCUGAAUCUCAAGUGAACCGAUAUACAAACCAGGGCUGGACCCUGGUUAGAUAUCAAAACAUGCAUUCUUUCCAGUUAUCACUAGAUGUUGAAGAACAAAAGCUAAUACAAGGAUUAGAAAUAUUUGACGAAUUUGAGGAAUGGGAUUUGAAAUGCCUCCAUUACAUGGUCUUGUGUGCAUUUAAGGGGUUGUGUUUGAGUCUGUCAGAAAGAAUGUCUCCUCAUGGAAACACUGAUAGUGAUAUUGUUAACCAGCAGAAAUCAAUUGAUCUACAAUUACUGGAACUGGAAUCAAAGGAUGGGCUGUCCAGGUAUGGACAUACUUCCACUUUACUGCCCAGCGGUGAAAUCAUGAUCAUCGGUGGGUUUGGUGAGCAUCAAGGCAAACAUAUGAGRCUGCAAGGUGUUGAUAUCUUACGUCAUGUACAAGAAAAAUGGCAAUGUUUACCAUUAAACUCUCCUACUGCUGUGAAUUUGGGUUCACUCAUGUUUCACACUGCAACGUUACUGAAAGACAAGUCAUUAAUGGUGUUUGGUGGAAGAACGUCGCCUUAUAAACCGUCGUCUACAGUAACUAUGAUAUCCACAGAAACCUCUAGUGGAUGCACUGGAUAUUGUGAGGUUACCACGACUGGAGUGCCACCAUGUGCCAGAUGGAGGCACACCGCGACACGGUUUGACGAUGAUGGAGAAAAGGUUUUGGUGUUUGGCGGUAGAACAACAAGUCAGCUCGCUUUAGAAGAMUGUUACAUCUUCGACACAUUAAAAACAACAUGGAAUAAGGUUGAUUUGAUUGGAGAGAAGGCCAUCCCUCGACAUUCGCAUACUAGUUGUUUAUGGAAAGAGAAUGAUAUCGUCCUUGCAGGGGGACUGACUGAAUUCUGUACUGCUUUGUCAUUGGUACAAGUUAUAGAUCUCAAGGCUAAGAGACUAUCAACUUUAGAUGUUAMUCCUCCCAUGAUUCCAAGAUAUUCUCACACCGCCCAUAUCAUCAAUGAUUCUAUGGUUAUCAUUGGAGGUGUCAAUCAAAUGUACACAGGAAGCCCGUCCGUUGUGUUAGUCGACCUUGUAUCACUUACCUGGAAAUCUUUCAGCUUACCGGUAAGUGAUGGAGUCUCCUCCCCUUCUCACAUAUAACGUGAAUAAUAAUGUGUAUAAAACUUAUGUUUAAAAUGCUGUGGACGAUUUGUGGUACUUCAUUUCAUUCCAAUGUUAUGUCCGUGUAAAGUUUAGAGUACAGAUUCUUGUAAUCAUUUGUAAUUGACUUUGGUACGGAUGCAGCUCAGGGUGAAGUUGGUUUGCCUCGCGUCCUAGAAGCUUUCAAUAAUGUAUCAAGUCAAUUCUUCGUUUGCAAUAUAAUUAAUAUAAUUCUUCGUCACAGCCUCCACCUUGGUUGAACUUCAACAAAGGAUUUCUAAUUAGUAUCUAUUGUUCAUUCAACCAACAUGKCCGGCGGUCUUUUAUCUUUGGAAUCUCAUGAGGAUGAUURAAAACGAGCAAUUCUUUUUCCCGGAAUAACCUCUUUCACUAUAAGAAAGGUUUCUUUCUAUCUAUCGUAUCUAUGUGUUUCAUUAGUCGGUUGUCAUAUGGAGAGGACAGAGAGAGCUGAGGAAGCGAUGGCGACGUAGGACAUAUAAAACAAAACUUAAAGGAUUACGAGAGUAAAAUCAACUAAUCAGUUUGUUAACCGCAUACAACCUG